AUGUAUGGAGAUUGGAGACGCAAUAAAAAUGUGUAUGUGUCAAAGUGGAAAGAUAAAAGAGACGUGCUCUGUAUUACAAGUAAAAAUCACCCGAAAAUCGUAUCCACAACAAAUAGAUAUGGGGGCGAAAAAAAUAAACCUAUAGAGAUAAAGGACUACAAUGAUUUUAUGAGUGGUAUAGAUCGUUCAGAUCAGAUGGUAAGCUAUUACUCGUGUCCCAGAAAAGCCGCUAAAUGGUAUAAAACGGUGCUAUUUCAUUUGCUCGACAUAACCGCCUGGAAUUCGUAUUUUAUUUUUAACAAAAAGUUUGGUGUAAGAAACACUACCUUUAAGCAAUUCCGUGAUUUACUCAUCAAAAAUGUAAUUGGUCUUCCAAUAGAAACUACUGCAGCAGAACUUUUCAAAGACAAAAAAAGCAGCACCUGA